ACUAAUGUCAUUUUAUGAUUUUUGAUAAUUUUGUUGCAUCGAUAUAUUUCAUUUCUUUGUUUGUUUUUUAAUUCUAUGUGAUUUAUCUGCAUUAAACGUUUUGCUUUGAAUGAUUUCUCCAAAUAAACAAAAAUGUCUAUCCAAUUGAUUUUGGUCACAUUUACUUUUGCAACAUUGAUCAUCAUUCCCGAUUCAAUAGCUGCACCACAAUUCGCUAUUCGAAAAACUGAUGAUAAUGAUCAAUCCGAAAGUAAUAAUUAUCGUUUGAUUCAUUAUAUGACAUUGCGCCGUAAGAUUCAAUGCUCAUUGAAUAAAGAACUUUGUUCACCUAAAAAUAAAAAAACCAACAAAAAUACUUUGUCAUCUGCUAAACCGAAUGUUAAUCUGAUGCAAUCUGUCGUAUUGCUUGAUAUUCCGGUCAUGAUGCGUUAUCCACCAUGCUGUAUUACUGGUUUAGAAAUUGGUAAUUGUAUCAAUUGUAAUAAUAAUCGUGAAGAUUUAAACCACCGUAACGACAAUGAUCAAUUCCAUAAUCCGGGCAGAUAGGAAAUUAGCAUUCACAUGUAAUUUUUGUAUUCCGUAAUUACAAAGUAUUAAUAAACUGUAUUUCGAUUU